AUGGGAUCGGUGAAAAUAGGUGGAGAACAUGUACGAAUAAAAAUGGAACAUUUGAAUGGAUAUAUUAUUUCAUACUGGGAUAAUGCAGUGAAUGGAUUGAAAGUUAUCACUGACUAUGUGACCAAUCUAUUCAAUGUUGAUGUAUCAGAUAUCUGGGCUUCGAAGCAAUCUCUCCAUAUGAUUGAAUGGGUUAACAGUAGACAAAAGACACCGUUGAAAAACGUUCUUUACUCGAGUGCUACCGCAACAUCAGAAGAAGAGAUGAUUUAUAUUCUGAAAGACUGCCGUCCGAUCUCUCGAUUAAGCAUACAUCUAAAGCCGCCUCAGAACUUUCGGUUCGCGGAAAAGUUCCCAAAAAUCGAUUGCUUAGAAAUCAGUAAUUCCAAAUGGGUAACAAUCGAUGAUCUGUUGAGCAUGGAUGGAAUCGAUAUUCAUCUAGACAAUGCCAGUCUCACUAAUAGUGAUUUGAAUGUCUUCCUCAGGCACUGGCUGUCUUGA